AUGGAGUGUGAGAGUGUUAGUGUUGCGCCGCUGGUGCUGCUGUCUGUGCUGGACCAUUUCGACAGGGUCGUGAUGGGCCCUCACCCCCCAGAGACCCGGGUUGUCGGUGUCCUGCUCGGGGAGAAAGUUGGUGGUGUGGCGAGUGUCAAGGUCACGAACUCGUUUGCGAUCCCCUUCGAGGAGGAUCUGGCCACUGGGGUGUGGUUUCUAGACCAGAACUACAUCGAGAACAUGUGCGAGAUGUUCAGGAAGAUCAACGCCAGUGAGCAACUCGUUGGAUGGUACCAUUCCGGUCCGAAGUUGCGUCGUUCAGACAUGCAGAUCAACGACUUGUUCAGACAGUACACUGCGAACCCCUUGCUUGCCGUGAUUGACGUGAAGCAGACUGGUGCGGGUCUCCCCGUGGAGUGUUAUGCCGCUGUCGAACAGAUUAACGACGACGGGUCCGCCACAGAGAAGUUCUUCCAACACUUGCCCUGCGAAGUCCGCGCGGAGGAUGCAGAGGAGAUCGGUGUCGAGCAUUUGCUACGUGACGAGAGGGACCAAGCAGCUGGGCCCCUGAGCGUGCGGCUCACCGCUCAACUGCACUCCUUGCAGAACUUACAGUCGAGACUCGCCCGGAUCGUCUCGUACUUGGACCGUAUCGGCCCAGGGGGGGACCUCCCUGCCAACCAUGCUAUUCUGGGGAAACUUCAAGAUGUGUUCAACUUGUUCCCAGUGCUGGGGGACUCUACGCCUUUGCAACACGCACUGACCGUCGAGACGAAUGACGAACUCAUGGUCGUAUACGCUGCAAACCUCGUCCGCACCAUCAUCGCCUUCCAAAACCUCAUCGACAACAAGAUCCAGAACAAGAAGCUGGCCACGGCGACUACUACUACGACAACUACGACCUCACCACCGCAGACAGCGUCGACAUGA